AUGUCAUUGCAGGUACCCCAGAUUUACUCCGAAAGAGCAAGCAAACGACACAACUAUAAAUACCAGCUAGGAUCCGCCUUAAUGGAGCAUAAAAUGUCGGAAGCAUACAAACUGUUCUACAAAGGUGAAACCAAAGACUUCAUUGUUUUUGUUGAUGAUAAAGAUAGUUAUGAAAAGUACGUUGGCGGAGACCAUUCUAUUCCGUUGACAGACAUUGUGUCCAACUUUGAGAUAUACACCAACCAAUCCGGCCAGGGAUCGGAGGGGACUCUGGAAAAGGCCUCCAACGUUGAUUUGAGCUCCGAAUUCGGAGACGUUAAGCACAAGGAUGACGUGAUUCCUGUGCUGUUGCAGAAGGGCGAACUGCUCAAUAAGGCAGGCGUUGGAAGAAAGAAGUGGUCCAGCACAAAUGACUCGAACGGUCAUUUUGCAACCUAA